AUGAAGGGGGCCGAGUAUGUUCUUCAUGGUGUGGACAGGGUGCCACCGAAGCUGCCACGCACAGGUCAGGUGUCCGAAGCGAAAGCUGGAGUGAAGCGUAGCAUCGGCAAGGCUCAGAAGUCGUCCAAGGCGCUUCCCAAGGCAGUUCCCAAGGACACGUCCAUCACCAAGGCAGUGACUGCAGGUCCUCAGAGCCGCCGGGCGCUCAUAACAGCCGUCUCCGCGGCCCGCGCCGAGGGCAAGGUGGUGAAAUCUCUCACUGGGCCCAGGCCAAAGAUGACAGGCGCCCGCAUGAUGGAGGAGAUCGAGGAGGCCAGAGCCCAUGCGGAGAAGGUUUCUGAAGCCGCUCAAAGAAAAAAGAGGCGGCGAGGGAAAAAGUUGUCGCAGCACAGUAAGGAAGUGUUGGCAGCCUUCAAUGCCAGAUUUUGCUUAGAAACAAACAACACGCAGUCGACAAAAGCCCGAGAAGAAAGAGCACAGCGCUACUCGCUGCGUCGCCCGUGGCUGGUGCGGUCCGCCAUGCUGGAGCUACCGGAUGUCUUGGACGCCUUUUGUCUUCCCACCAAUGAGGCGAAUGAUGAUUUUUGCCCCAAGCUUGCGGCUAUGCUUGAAGGGCAACGAAUGGAGUGGGAUGAACUGCCACCUGAAUGUGAUGAAGGAUGUGUGGAAUACAAAUGGCGGCUGGGUCCGGAACACACCCACAGGCGGCUCGAACGUUUAGCGACUCAGAUGAAGUUCCGAUUGACCGAAGGUAAUGGUACAGCUUACUACCUCUUGGGAGUUCGCGACUCUGGGAUCGCGGAGGGGUUGACGGCCCGGGAGCAUUCAGAAGCCGUGAGCGUGCUGAUGGCGGCCGCAGGAGCCGCUGACAGCAUCUUACUCUUGGAGGCCCUGGGCUGUUCACCCAUGGCGCGCAAAGGGAAACUUUGCUCGGCCUGGCGACUGGAACAAAGGCCUACCGCAGAAGCACAUAACAUUGCAGGUGAAUGGCUACGAAAUUCAACCAGAGAUGAUACAGACAAGCACGUCCUGCUCCUUGGCGGCGUGGCGCGUGGCCGUUGGGCGCUGCAGGACGUCUGGUGCAGCUGCGACGGCGGCGCCACCUGGCGCUGCACCGCGCCCUGUGCGCCGUGGACGGCGCGCAGCGGCCAUGCGGCGGUGGCGCGGCGGAAGGACGUGCUGAUGCUGGGGGGGGUGGGAAAAGCUGGACUUUCAGGUGAUAUUUGGAGCUGCGGCGAUGGUCAGGGCGCAGAGUGGACGUGCCAAGUGACGUCCGCUGAGUGGCCAGCGAGAUAUGGUCAUUCCUUGCUGCUGCUGGAAAGCGCUGGACAUGAAACGCUGCUUCUGCUGGGAGGCGUCGCCUUGGCUCGCUUUCUGAACGACGUUUGGCGCAGCGACGACGGUCUCACUUGGCGCCGCGUGGCUGUCGGCGCCGUGUGGGCGCCGCGAGCCGCGGCGGCGACGGCGGUCGUGAGGGGCGUCACGGUGGUGGUGGCCGGUGGACGAGGGGAAGAGGGCUGUUUCGGGGACCUUUGGAUCAGUGAAGACACGGGGAGCACCUGGUCGUCGCUGGCCUCCAGCGUUGCUCCGCCGCCUCACAGUGGUGCAGCCUUGGUGUGCUUGGAUGGAAGCUUGCUGCUGAUGGGUGGCUUUGAUGGGGCGGAUCACAACAACUCCGUGUGGAAAGGUUCCCUUCACGUCUCCGGUGCCUCCGGUGCCGGUGCCAUUGGUGCCGCGCUGCGCUGGUCCUUUUGCGGUGCUGCGCCUUGGGAGGCGCGCUACUGUCAUCGCGUGGCGCUGUUGGAUGACAUGGUGAUCAUGACGGGCGGCCACGGAGCUCAAGGUGGUUUCAAAGACACGUGGACGAGUCCCAGUCUACAUUCUUUGCGCGCAGCUGCAUUGAGGUUUUCGUUGCUGGGGCGGUCCAUGAACCGACGCUUUCUGCUAUCGAAAGAGGUUUGGGAGGGCAGCAUUUUGCCCUACCUGGACUCAUUGCCUGGAAAGAGAUGUCGAAUGGAAAGCGAAGUCUUUAAGGAUGGCGCCUGGGUACUGGGAGCAUCGGGGUUCGCUGAGAGGACAGAGCAGCCUCGAGAACUCUCCGUCGGGGGAGAUAGGUAA